CCACCUUUGCAGCGGUGCGCCCUAAAGGGUCUGAGCUCAGAUGCCGGGGCAGCUUUUUUCCCCCCUUAAAGCUCUGCUGCAUGUUGUUUACACAGCAGGUGGAUAUGACGUCAGGGGGCAGCUCGCAGCAAAAAAUAACAACAUCCAAUUCCGCGAUUUGUAUUCUCUCUCUCUCUCUCUCUCUCCCUCUCUCUCUCUCCCACCCACCCCCCCCUUCCACCUCCACCCCCACCUCCCCAAGACUCAUUAAGUUCUGUAGAAUAGUCAAUAAUGAAUAGUGGGGUAACGCGCGGCGGCUGCAGAGAGAAGGGAUCCCAUCAAGUGUGAGUUCAAUCCGGCUGCUUAGUAUCACCAGGGAGAUUUGUGUGUCUGUGCUCCACAACAUAGUGCCCGAGCGGAGUAAUAUAUUGUUAUUUAUUGUGUGCUUGUUGCAUGCUUACUCGUACACAAUCGCAUGUGUGUUGUAGGGUCAAAUUAUCUUCUGGUCACUCAACAACCUAAAGCUGUAUCAACUGUGCCCCGACUGAGAACUUCCAGCUUGAAUCGUUUAGAAUGGUGACAUUAUCGACAGGGUUGGACCCCAAAUUUUGAUUUUUAUGGAAUUGAAAUUUGCCAGCUGUAGAGGGGAGAUAAGGGUAAGAAGACUGAUUACAAAAAGGGACAUACAGAAGAUUGCUUUAAAUAAGCAAAUCCUAUUCAAAAGAAGGUUUUUAAGUCAUGAUGCAAGAAUCUGGGACUGAGGCAGCAAGCAACAUUUCAGCCAGUCACAACGGAGCUAGCAGUGGUAACCACUAUCUAGACAGCAUCACAAGGGAGGGGAGAUCAAACGGAGAUAUAUCUUCCAUUGAAGUGACCGCUGCUGAAUUGGUUCAUCUCCAGCAACAGCAGGCUCUUCAGGUUGCACGGCAGCUUCUGCUACAGCAUCAAGUUAGUGGGUUGAAGUCUCCCAAGGGAAAUGACAAGCAACCAACCUUACAGGUUCCUGUAUCAGUGGCUAUGAUGACACCUCAAGUGAUAACUCCGCAGCAAAUGCAACAGAUAUUACAGCAACAAGUACUGACUCCUCAGCAACUCCAGGCCUUGCUUCAGCAGCAACAGGCUAUCAUGCUGCAGCAGCAACAACUUCAGGAGUUUUAUAAGAAACAGCAAGAACAGUUACAUCUACAGCUUCUGCAGCAACAGCAUGCAGGGAAACCUACUAAAGAGCAACAGCAACCACUGGCAUCCCACCACUUAGCCCUUCAGCAGCAGCUUCUACAGGUGCAGCAGCUACAGCAACAGCAUAUCAUGACAAUGCAGCGACAUGGCUUGCUUCCAUUACAGUCUGGACAGCCGGCUCUCUCUCUGCAGACGUUGGCACAAGGCAUGACUCCAACAGAACUGCAGCAGCUCUGGAAAGAAGUGACUGGAGCUCACAUGAUGGAAGAAAGUGUAACCAAAAAUGGCAGUCUCGACCUUUCCACGAGCUCAAUCUGUUCUCCUGUGGCACCACCUAAGACCUCACUACCAGCAACACUGAUGAACGGACAGUCUACGGGUCACACUCCAAAAAGGGAAUGCCUAUCCCAUGAAGACCAAGGGUGCAACCAUCCAUUAUUUGGCCACGGUGUGUGUAAAUGGCCAGGGUGCGAGACAGUCUGUGAUGAGUUUGGACUGUUUUUAAAACAUCUCAACAAUGAGCAUGCACUGGAUGACAGAAGCACAGCGCAGUGUCGAGUACAGAUGCAGGUUGUACAACAGCUGGAACUACAGCUUGCAAAAGACAAAGAACGCUUGCAAGCUAUGAUGAUACACCUCCAUGUGAAAUCAACAGAACCAAAACCAACUCCUCAGCCUAUUUAUCUGAUGCCUAAAUUCAAGGAGCUGUGCUCGGCCUUUCCAAAGAAUAAGCUGAACCUGGUAUCGAAUGUCACGUUGUCAAAGACUGCAUUGGAAGCUAAUCCACAGAGUUUACCUCACACUCCCACGACGCCAACUGCCCCUCUUACCCCCAUCACCCAGGGACACUCUGUCAUCACUCCCACCAACAUGCAUAGCAUGGGACCCAUCCGGAGGCGGUACCCAGACAAGUACAAUGUGCCAAUUUCCUCAGACAUGGCUCAGAAUCAGGAAUUCUACAAGAAUGCCGAAGUGAGACCUCCUUUUACAUAUGCAUCAUUAAUAAGGCAGGCAAUUCUUGAAUCUCCCGACAAACAGCUAACACUAAAUGAAAUAUAUAACUGGUUUACACGAAUGUUUGCCUACUUCAGACGCAAUGCAGCCACGUGGAAGAAUGCAGUGCGCCAUAAUCUUAGUCUUCACAAGUGUUUUGUUCGAGUAGAAAAUGUUAAAGGGGCAGUGUGGACAGUGGACGAAAUAGAAUUCCAAAAGAGAAGGCCACAAAAGAUCAGUGGCAAUCCCUCAAUUAUAAAAAAUAUACAGACCAGCCUUGCAUAUGGAUCACCACUUAAUGCUGCUUUACAGGUUUCAAUGGCUGAAAAUAACAUACCUCUAUACACUACUGCUUCCAUGGGAAAUGCCACUGUAGCCACAAUGGUGAGUGCGAUCCAUGAGGAGCUAAAUGGUGCAGUGGAGCAUUCAAAUAGCAACGAGAGUGACAGCAGUCCAGGACGUUCCCCACUGCAAACAAUGUAUCCUAUCCAUGUUAAGGAAGAGCCAAUAGACCCAGAGGAUAUGGAAGGCCCCUUGUCCUUAGUGACAACAGCAAACCAUAGUCCAGAGCUGGACAAUGACAGAGAAUUUGAAGAGGAUCCAGGGAAUGAAGACAUGGAAUGAGCAUGCUUGCCAUCAUUUCCUGAGAUGAAGAUUAAACGAAAAGAAAGCUUGUCAGACUUACCUGUGAAAUCUCUCCCUAAUGUGGCAGUUUGGAGGAAUUUUCAGCCCCUUUUUGACAAAGUAAUGAAAUGUUUUAAAUGACUUUUAGUGCCAUUAAGAAUCCCAUUGGGGAAUGUUUCUGAUUUUUUUCUACUUUUUGUUGGAAAAAAAGGAAUUUGUAUUCUACGUACAUUGGAUGGACUUGUUUGGUACUUGGGAUUUUCCUCUCCUGAAGUCAACAUCAGAGUUGAAAGUUACUGAGCUGUAUUGUCACCCUCACAAGACUGUACAGCCAACGUCGAACUGCAGUUCUGCCAAGUUGGACUCAUAGGUCUGAUCAAAACUGUUAAAAUUGUUCAAACUGCAGGUGGAACUCUUCCCCAGAACUUGCAUAUUCAAAAUGGAAGAGCGAGGCUAAAACAGAGUUGCACAGUCCUGGAAGUGGAUUGUUUUAAUAUCACUGCCUUCAAUCCACAUUUGUUUUCAUGGGGUAGGGGAGAAGGGAAAUAAUUUGUGAAAAAUAAUUUGCUGAAAUUUUAUUGUAUCACUGCUUCUGCUGCACACAAGCAGUUUUAUAAUUGUAGGCCACAGGCCUUUGGACAACCUCAUUAAGUUCUAUGUUCAGCAUUAGUGGUUGAAUGUUGAGGUUUUUUUUUAAGAAAACCAAUGGGCCAAAAUGCCUCGCAUCAGUUUGUUAGAGGUUCAGUAGCUUUUCUGUCAUCCACUCCCCUUUAACUUCACUGGGAUUAUUAUUUUAAAAAAAAUACACAGUUCAACCUCAGGCCAGUUUUCAUUGCGUGCACAGUUUCACAGUACUGCUCAUUUUGUCCGUCUUGGGUCGGCAAUCAGCGAGCACGACUUUUUAAGCGUCGACUGGCAGAGCCAACAUUCGAAACUCCAGAGAACGGUUUACUUUGAGGAAAGAUGCCACCAGUGAACAAGGGGACAGAAUGACAGAGAAGAAUCGCAUUUAGUGACUAUCCCUUAUCUCCAGCGUGUGCACCAGAAACCUAUUCCUGUUGUUCAGGUUCAGCAAGGAGAUAACCGGAGUUGAAAGCAAGUAGAACAUGAAAAUAUGUUGUCUGUAUAAAUGAUAAGUUACACUGCAGUUUAAGCUUUUUUCAGUUACGGUUUUCAUGUCCAGUGCUGUGUUAAGUAGCUCAAUAGAGAUUUUGUUAUUUCAGCAAAACUUAGAAAAGUCUGCAGUAGGUAUCAAAAUAGAAAACCUGUCACUAGAGCUUAUCUUGCAAGCUGAUUGUGAUGCUGAAGCAAACUUUACGUACAGACGGUAAUUCUGUUAAAUAUAGGUCAUUGAAUUCUUUUCCAAUACGCUUAACAUCUUUCCUGUCUCAAGACUGCGACUGGUCACUUUUCUGUCACUUUCCCCCCAACCCCACUCUCAUGUAUUUAUUUAGGACUAUAUAGGUUGUCAGUUGAAAAAAAAAAAGCUUUCCGAGCUUUUAUUUAUUUUUCCUGUUUUUUGUUAAAAAUCAGAUAAUUUUUCUGAGAUUACCAAAGAUGAUCUUAAAAGGUAAAUUAUGUUCUCUGUUUGACGCUUUAUCUGAUGAAGCCAAAUAUCCUCUUAUUGUUGAUCAAAAGAGGUACCAGAAUCUAGAGGGAAAUGGCUAAAAAUGGACUGAUGCACAGAUGCUAACCUGUGAUGUUAAAGUCUCCUUUUAACAAUGUCUGGAGCGGGCCAGGUGGAUGUUUCAACCAAAGGUAUUAUCUCUGAAAAUCCAGAUUUUUUGUUUUCCUAUACUGAAUUACGUUUUUGUUUUUGCUCACUCACUGUCGGGAAUUUUAAUUGUAGAAAUUGGUGACCAAAGCAGGGAAUUAUGGCACUAGGGCCACAAAACAAAGGGAGCAAGCAGUCCACGGGAGGAAGGUGAAUGUAGAACUUUUCUGUGCAGAUGAGAGUAGUGCGGAAGAUGCAAGAUUCCAAUGGGAAUACAGAGAGCAAAGGAAUAGCUUCCAAGAGAGAACUGGACCACAUUUAUAGUCUUUUUAGGUUAAAAAAAAAAUGUUCAUUGUGGAGGCUGUAUUUGAAAGAUGGUGUGUGACUUUUGUUUGGAGACCAAUCUACUUUUUGCCAAGUUUACUUAUUUUUGGUUUACUUUGGCACACUUCAGCAAAAAAAUAGAAAAAUGUUUGUUUUGUUUCCACGUUUGCCAUUUAAAAAAAAAACACUCCUGUGCACUCACUAGCUUGGUACAAGAGACAUUGCAGCAGUUAUUUUUCAGCAUAAUCCAAAAUUCUGUUAACUGGGCAGUCUGUGGUCUUUUGAUAUAUAUUUGUAACGGCAUCCCAGGCAGCUUCUUGAGGAUGUACAGGCAGUUGCUAAAUGGGAUCAUGAGAAAAAACCCCAUGCUUUCAAACUGAGUGGCCUGUUGGUUCGUUCCGUAUGAGGGAAAAGGAUGGUUAGAUUAGUACAUUCUCAGCAUGUGUAGCUAGACAUGACUAAAGUUAACAGCAUGAGAAACUGUUCGUACGCAUACCUCAGUUCAGACUUUUAGGGAAUGACAAAUAAAACAUUUCACUCAGUUGCACUUAGUUGUAUGUCUUGCAUGUUUAGUCUAAAGACUAGCAAAAGUAGAGCUUGCAUAUCUAGCAGGUGCCACAGCCUUUCAGCAGCAUCAACUCUGAACCUCAGGCUCUUUAUGUACAGGAUUUCAAUGACUGAACCUUGUCACCAUAUCCGUUUGGAUAUACAGUUGCUUCUAAAGGGUGGGGGGUUUGUUACAUUGUACAUAAAUAUCCCAAUGUGUUGGUGCAAGCCUUUGUCUUUUCUGUUUCUUUCUAAACACUGUUCUUUUAAACAAAAACAAAAAAAGUCUGUUCAAAUCACAUUUGCUUUUUGUGCAACUGCAUUGUAUUGACUAUAUUAAAAAAAAGAAAGCUUUGAAAUCGACUGUAUGUAUUGAAACUGCAAAAUGUUCUGCACAUGUAUUUUACUUAUUAACCCCUUGCUUUGAGAAUAACAGAAGACAUUUGCUGACAUUGGGAGGAAAUCCCUUACUUUUUUUUUGCUAUAACUGUAGUACAGUUGACAGAGUUUUAAGUUACCAUUGAACGAAGCAUUUUGUACAGUUUUGUGUUAGGCUGUUUUGAUACUUCUGGCUUACAAAGGUCCAGUCACUGCCCUCUGCAGCUGUCUUACAAGUUUGAAGGAUUUGAAGAAGACAGUUUAAAAAGUCAUUUCUCUUCCUGCUGUGGUGAAUACUUAGCAUGAUGAAUUCCAGGGCUAGUCGCAGUGAAGUCAUGAUUAAUAAAACUGGGGAGUCAUUUUUUUUUUUUUUUUUUUUUUUUUUUUUAAAAGAACUUUACAAGGUGCCAAGAUGUAAAGAUAAUUUGUUACGUGCUUUUUCUCUAAGAAAAGCACACAUUAUCAUGAUCGAAGUACCAUGAUUCAGGUAGCUUCAAUGUCAGGAAUGAGAGACGCAGCCUUUACACUGUCAAAAGCCAGUGAAUGGAAAAUCUGUUUCUUAAAGGGUUGUUUCGAAAAUGGUACAGAUUGAGGACAUUGUGUUAUCAUGGUGCUUUGAAUGUUGUUGCUGCCAGUUAAGAGAUUAUUGUAGAGGCAUACAGGAACUCAUUCCUUACAUCAGUGUAAUCCAUCAUUCCAUGUCUGUUGAUGCAGACAAUAAAAAAUUUCAUGUGUGUAGUCAGUACUAAUUACUGACAUUAGCAUUCUUAAAUGCAAUAAAAAUGCUGGUUGUUCA